AUGCCUCACGCAGAGAACGGAACAAUGGGUGAGCCUUCUAUCAACGGCGAGAAGGUCCAUUCUCACUUCCUCGAUCACCUUACCUCGUACCCUGUCGUUUCUGAUUCGAUCACCGUCUUCAGAAGCAACAAAUAUGGUGCCAAGUCCUUGGAGUAUGCCGACCAAGGCUACGUCCGCAUCGCCAAACCGUUACUUCCCUACCUGUCGAAGCCCUACGGUUACGUCGCGCCGUAUGUUGCUCGGGUAGAUAGCCUCGGAGAUCAAGGAUUGACCAAGCUCGACACGUCGUUCCCCAUCAUCAAGGAGGACACAGAUAAGAUAAAAGGAACGAUCUACGAUACAGCUUUCUUCCCCGUGCGUCUGGCUGGUGACGUCAAAAGCCAUGUCUUCGAGACGUUUGGAUCGGAAUACAAGAAGUGCGGCGGUGACGGAAUGGUUGCAGGCGGCAAGGCUGCCAUCAGCACCAGCCUGAUCCUAUCUCAAGAAUCUUUGACCUAUAUCAGCUCGUUCCUUCAAACGAAGAAAACUCAGGCCAAGGAGGCCGUCAAUGACAAAACCAAUUAA